AUGGCAGAGACGGCAGUCAAUGCAGUAUCCAGUGGUGCCUUAACAGAUGAGGUGCUGAGCCCACCCUCGGUCACAGAGAAGAGGCCCCAGCUCAAUGGGCUCCCCUCCACUUUACUUCUGCCAGGCAACACCACUAACAAUCAUGCAGACGUAGAAGGGUAUCUGAGGACAGAUGACAGGAUGCGUUUAGCCAAAGAGAGACGUGAGGAGAGAGAUAAAGGUCUAGCGGUGCGAGAGCAGGCGAUCAGGGAGAAAGAGCGGCGGGCUCAGCUGCAGUAUGAGCGUACGGUGGAGGAGCGCUGGAGGAAGCUGGAGGAGCAGAGACAGAGAGAGGAGCUCCGCAGAGCUGCUGUGGAGGAAAAGAGGAGGCAGAGGCUGGAGGAGGAGAAGGAGCGGCUGGAGGCUCUGAUGAAACGCUCCCUGGAACGCAGCCUGCAACUGGAGCAGAGGCCCAAACGCUGGACAUGGGGCGGACCUGGAGGAGCACAGGGUGACUGUGAGAAUGCCCCUCUCCUUGCCUCCACCUUUCCCCAUGAACUCGCCGCCCCCCUUCCUGCUGCCAGCGAAUCCGGUAAUCGCUGUCACCUGAACUCUGUGGAGAACCUGAUGGUCCACCGUCUCCUUACCCACACUCACUCCUCUAUGGCCAGGUGCCACAGUGCAGCAGACCUCCAUCUGCCCUGCCACCGAUACACAGCUCCCUGCAGCCCCCACAGGUCACCCUACCGGGGCUCGCCAAGCCGGGUUGAUCGACGGAGGCUCCAGGGCUCUCCAGAGGAGUCACCAGGAGGAUCUCGCUCAACCCCUCAAACCCCCAAGAAAGAAAGGUUACGCAGAGAGAGAAGGACUGGCUCCCCAGCGACAGGCUCCUCCGUGAGAAGAGCAGAAUCCCCAGCCAUGUUCACCAGACGCGCAGCCUCCCCCGCCACCCCCAAGUUGCUGCCUAAGAGCCGUACUCAGUCUCCCUGCACUGUGCGCCAGUACCACCCCUCUCCCAUCAGGCACAGACCCACCACCCCGGUUACCAACGGCAACAAGGAGGAUGGACAUGUUGAAGAAGCCAAAAGUCACAACAACAUCAAUGACAGAAAUGUCUCCAAGCCAGAAACCCCUGUGAAAAGUAUGUCUGAUAUCCAGAGCCCUAAGAAGUCUUCUCAAGCAGACACCCCUGAAAAAAAACUGGCCAAAACUGAGACCCCAGAAAAGAGAUUUCCCAAAACUGAGACCCCAGAAAAGAGAUUUCCCAAAACUGAGACCCCCGGUAAGAACUUAAAAGGUGAGAUUUCUGAAAGAAAGGACUCUAUGACUGACACUUCUGAUAAGAAAGCCUCCAAAAUAGACACCCCAGAUAAGAAGAUGCCAAAGUCCACCAGCAGUGAACUGAAUGCAGAUAAGAGCACAGAGCCAUCGCCAGUGACAACAACAGGGAAAGGAGUUGCCGGGACGACAAACGCAGAGGAAGCAUCCAGACUGCUAGCGGAGCGUAGGCGUCUGGCCAGGGUGCAGAAGGAGUUGGAGGAGAAACAACGUUGUGAGCAGAAGGAGGAGGAACGUCUGAAGGCGGAGCAGCUGAGGAGGAGAAAGGCAGAGGAGCGGGCACGGCAGGAGGAGGAGAAGAGCAGACAGGAGGACCUCCGCAGGAGGAGAGUGGAAGAGGAGAAACGGCAGAGGGAGGUCCGGGAGAAGGAGCUACAGGUCCAGAUGGACAGAGAGAAGGAAGAGGGCGAGUUUCAGGCUCAGAAGGAUGCAGAGCGUCAGCAUCAGGAGAGAGAGAUACUGAAGCUGCAAGAGGAGGAGGAGAGACAGCUGAGGAAGAAGAGAAUUGAGGAGAUAAUGAAGAGAACCAGGAAGAAUGAUGAGAACCAGGAAGAGAUGAAGGAGGAGGGGCAGGUGGAGACUCAACCUGUCUCACCACCAGGGGAAAUGCAGAUGAACUCAAAGAUGAACAUUGGAGCUAAUGCUCAGGUGAAUGUGCACGAAAACCCAAAAGUUGAGUCUCAGGUUAAUGGGCAGGUCGCUGCCUGUGUCAACAAGCAGGACACUGCCCUGGUGAAGGGGCAAGCCACUGAUCAGGUGACCCCACUGAAGAAUGUUUUGGAAAAGGGACAGGACGCUCAACAAGUAAAUGUACAGGGUGCAGCCCAGGCUCUCAAGCAAGAGAGUGUCUUAGUGAAGGGGAAGGUCACUUCCCACGUGAUCAAGCAGGAGAAUGUCUUAGUGAAGGGAAAGGUCACUUCCCACGUGAUCAAGCAGGAGAAUGUCUUAGUGAAGGGAAAGGUCACUUCCCACGUGAUCAAGCAGGAGAAUGCACAAGUGAAUGUACAGGUGAAGAAACAGGAGGGUACCAAGGUGAGCAGCCAAGCCACUGCUCAGCUCAAAACCGAGGAGAGUACUCAAGUAAACGUGACGUUGACCACACAGACUAUCGGACAAGGGGUGCAGCCCAACAAACUGUCCCUGGCACUCCUACCAGUGGGCCAACCCCCACCUCCACUCAUCAACCUGGAGCUUCUGGAUGUGAAGAGCAGUGGGGCGUAUGAUGAGGUGCAGUCCAUGGAGGUCAGCCCAGUUUCCAAGGAGGAACUUAUCUCCAUCCCAGAGUUCUCCCCAGUCAAUGAGGUCCAGGAAAACGCCAUGAGUAAUGCCCGAGCCCUGGAAGAUCUGCUGGACCUGACGGGCCAUGUGGCCUACCCCAAACUCUCCCACAUGGACAGCCUAGGAGACUGCAACAAGAACCUGAUCGACGGGCUCUGCAGUCCCGGCGCCGAUUCCAAGCUCAUCCUCCACCCUCACACAAGCACAACAAGUCGCCAGCUUGCUGUAAGUCAUGCUUCCAAUGACACCAUCCCCCGUAGUGUGGAGUACUUGGUAUGA